AUCUGCACUAAUGAAACCUGCAAACACACCCAGUCGAACAGAGUCCAACGCUAGUCAGACAUCUUUGGAACGUGAGCUGAAGCGUAUAUCUCGUCUGUACAUUCAGCGGCGCUUUGACGAAGCAUACGGACUAUGCCAGAAACAGUUCGGGUCGUUUGGCAGUGACGGCGAGCAGGCGCAAUUAUGGAAUAUCCUGGCGGUUUUGUAUUUGAGAAUAGCUGCCCAACGAGAAGACAGUUCACAAAGUGAGGAGGCUGGACCGACUGACUGGGAUUACAUGCUCCGUCUGUACGGCGGGGCAGUGGAAAAACUUCCUGCGGACGUUUUGUGUGCUGGUAUACUUCUUCUGCAGAAACGACGGCUCCAUUCCUCAUCGAAGCAAGCCAUUGAAACAUGGCUGGCUACGCUCCCUGAUGAUUAUUUCUUGUCCUUGUCGAACGAAGCGCAGUCCGAUGCGCUGCAAAACUAUGAGAGAAUAGUGGAGCUCUAUUGUCUGCAUGUUCUGCCAAGCCUGGGGGAAUGGGAAAGCGCCAAAGACUUCCUGGAAUGGAAUGAAGUCAUUGCCACUGGAAAGCGGGCGCUCUAUCGCAAAAAGUUGGAUGAGAUGGAGCGAAGACGUCGAUCUGUCUCAUCACGGGAGGCGUCACACUGUGCCGAAAACCAGCCAAAGUUUGAAAAUGCGCCAUCAUCCGUACCCGCGAUGCGAAAGGAAUCCACGACACCAGUAUCAGGCAAACAAGGUUCCGAUGAAGCGCCAAAGAGUCAAAAAGACCAACGCCUUGAUACACAAUCAAAGGGACAACAGUCAACAGGACAAAGUGCUCAGAGCGAGACUGGAGGGAAACCACAGGAUGCACCAACGCAAAGUGCGAGCCAGAAUAGAGCGAGCGCGCCCUCUCCGCAAACAACCGACUCCAUUACCCGUACACGUGCAACUAUACGACAUUGGUUGGCAAUAACCCGUGGGGUACCAGCAGCCAUACUCGCCAUUCUGUUAUUGCUGGCAAUCUCGCGCUUCCUUCGACGAUUCAAGAAUACAGCCGUAGGAAGGGCGGUAUCUCUGCUAGCGGAUAAGAUAUAUACAACAGCAAAGAUGGGCUUGAAUAUGCAAACGAUAUGAAAGUCAGCAAACCCUCAAUGGAUAUCACCUUUCAUUACAUCUGUAGCUGCUAUAUGCGAGUUAUCGUAUAUCCGUGGUUCUUCUAUCCCUCAUGUAUAAUUGUGCAUUUGUGAGCCAGACUUACACACUAACAUAGAAAUAGACGUUGAUGAGUUUAUCUAUGUGGAAAUUUGGCUAGUUGGGCGGCACACCUUUUCGCACCUCGUGUAGAUCUGGAAAUUAAAUGAAGCUACCAG